AUGGAGGGAGACCUGAACGAGAUGGAGAUCCAGCUGAGCCACUCCAACAGGCAGGCCGCUGAGGCCCAGAAACAGCUGAGGAAUGUCCAGGGACAGCUCAAGGAUGCCCAAUUGCACCUUGAUGACGCUGUCCGUGUCGCAGAAGACAUGAAGGAGCAGGCAGCCAUGGUGGAGCGCAGAAACGGCCUGAUGGUGGCUGAAAUCGAGGAGCUGAGAGUUGCUCUGGAGCAGACAGAGAGAGGCCGCAAAGUGGCAGAGACUGAGCUGGUAGACGCCAGCGAGCGUGUUGGACUACUGCACUCCAGAACUCCUACGUUUAUUUCUUCCACAAAGGUGCGUGAGCUUGAGACUGAGGUGGAGGCCGAGCAGAGAAGAGGUGUAGAUGCAGUCAAGGGAGUCCGCAAGUAUGAGCGCAGAGUCAAGGAGCUCACUUACCAGACUGAGGAGGAUAAGAAGAACGUUAACAGACUUCAGGACUUGGUAGAUAAGCUGCAGAUGAAAGUGAAGGCCUACAAGAGGCACGCUGAGGAAUCGGAGGAAGCAGCAAACCAGCACAUGUCUAAGUUCAGGAAGGUUCAGCAUGAGCUGGAGGAGGCUGAGGAGCGUGCUGACAUCGCUGAGACUCAGGUCAACAAGCUCAGAGCCAAGACCCGUGACUCUGGAAAGGGAAAAGAAGUUGCUGAAUAAACAAGACCAAAGUAUUGAAGAUCAAAGUCUUACCAUUUUCCUGUGUUGCAUAAAAUAUGAUUUUCAUGGUAAAAUGUUGACCAUUGAUUAAAAACAUGUAGGCCUACAUA